CACUGGAGUGGCUAUUGGUCUGUAUUUUGAGUGCGCUAUUUCUCAUUGAAUUGAAUAAGUUUUCGGCAAGCUAAACGUUACCACAUUCAAUAUAUCAGUAGAAUAAAUGCGGCUGGAACCCUGGAGCUGUUAUCUCUUCGAUCGGUGAAGUAUAUGUACAGGAAAAAUAGAAUUAUAAAUCGACUUAGAUGCGGAGAAGCCUACUUUCAGUCAUCCAUUGCUUGCUUCGUGGGCCAUACUACAAUCCUCUUACAGCGGCACUCGUUAGCCUUCACUAUACUGUCAAUACAACUAUCAGUGUCGUGGGGUUGUUGUGAGUAUCUUUGUUUGAAAACAGUAUGUCUGAUCAGGAAGACUCGAUUAUCUGUACGCUCUGUAGCAAAGUUGAAACUGAUGCUACAAAGGUGCUCGAAUGCGUACAAUGUCACCAAUGUCAUCACUUUAAAUGCAAGAAAAUAAUAGGAAAUGCUAUACGGAAAAUGAAGAGUCAGCAAUAUUUCUGUUCAGUUCCUUGUAAAGAAAUACAUAUGCGAUCAAUGGGUACAUCUGCAGCCGAAAAUCUCGUUAUCGAGGAGAUGCGUAAAGUGAUAAGUGAAGUGCAGGAGCUGAGGAAGGAAAACGUACAAACUCGGAAAGCAUUAGAGAAGACGAUUGAGGAAGUAGAGCUGAGCCAGCAGUUUCUAUCGAAUAAGUUCGAGACCAUGAUGGAUGAGCUACGUUCUGUGAAGGUUUGCCAAGAGAAUUUGAAAGUGGACGUAGGUGUGGUUCGUGAACGUUACGAUGCACUGACUACCAAGGUUGAUGAGCUGGAAAAAGAAUGUGAUCGCUUAGGUCGUUCUGCUGUUUCCCGCAACGCUAUCAUUCUAGGAGUGCCUGUAUUGAAGAAUGAGAUUGUUCGAGCUGUUGCUAUGAGGAUCGGUUCUGUAUUAGGUUGCGAACUGUCUGAUGCUGCUGUUGUUGAUGCUGUGAGGCUGCAUGAUCCCAAGGAGGAGAGGAAGAACCCACCAAUCAAAGUCAUCUUCAGUGAACAACACUUCAAAGAAACGGUUUUCAGUAAGAAGAAAGGUCAUGGCCAAUUGUUGGUGUCAGCACUUGGUGAUGGUUACGCUGGAAUGCCUGGAAAAAUUAUGAUUCGAGAUGAAAUGACACCACACGGGCUUUCGCUGUUACGCGAAACGAAGGAUGUUCAGGAAUCGUUGGAGUUGCAGUACGUUUGGCCAGGAAGGCAUGGUGCCAUUUUGGUGAAAAAAUCACAUAACUCAAAAGUUGAAAUCAUCCGCUGCCGUAAGGACAUCCAAGAUUUGUGCCGAAAUUUGAAGAAAAGGGCAUAUAACUCGUCUGGCCUUAAUUCGUCUUCGCUUUCUUCAUCGUCAGUCCAUGAACCUUCUCCCAAACGGCGUUAACAACUAGAAGUCUACCAGAAGUUAGUGAUAACACAGUAUUAGUAAUUGUAUCUAUCAUGGAUUCAACAGUGAAUAAUCAUAAUUAUAUGUGUAUUGAAGAUUGUAUUGCGAAUAAAGCAAAUUUAAACCAUAACACUACGUUGAGAGUUUUUCAAUGGAAUACGAGAGGGAUGAACAGCUUAAUGAAGUUUGAUUCAGUAAAAGAAUUUCUGCACAGAUAUGGGGACCGUAUGGACAUCAUUGUGUUAGGGGAAACUUGGCUGCAACAAAGUAGAACUGGUCUUUUUCAACUUGACGGCUAUAGAAGCAUUUUUUCGUGUCGUGAAGCAUCCAAUGGAGGCCUCGCUGUGUAUAUACGCUCUGAUAUCGAAUUAGGAGUUGUUGAAGCGGAAUUACUGGAUGGUCUUCAUUAUAUUUUGGUGGACUUAAACUAUCGAGGAAAGCGUAUAGCUCUGCAUGCUGUUUACCGUCCCCCUGGGUUUCGUUUCUCGGAUUUUGUCAGCGUACUGGAUCGGAAAUUAGGUACAACACAGCAAGGAUGUGAUAUUCUCCUCGUAGGCGAUACCAACGUUCCCGUUAACCUUGAAGCCAAUAAUGCAGUAAGGGAGUACCAAAGGUUGCUGAGUUCAUAUGACAUAUCUGUAACUAAUACGACCGCAACGCGACCUGUAUCGAAUAAUAUUUUAGAUCAUGUAUUGCGACAUUUGCACCCAUUUAGACUCGGCCGAAAUUCAUUAUCAUCACAGUCGAAUUUCGCACACGACUUCGCAGCGGCUGGCAUGCACAAGUUCGGUUGAGUUCGUGACAGUGGCGUCGGAUGCACGACAGGUAAACAAAAUAAGUUUGAUUAGUGUAAAAUUUCGCAGGGAAAUGAUGAUUCGGUGGAUUCUCAAAUUAUCACAGUAGUCUAAACAUUGAUGAGAAACCCAAUAAUUUGUUCUUCGGCAUUGAAACGAGAUAUGAUCAAUGAAACUAUAGAAACUACUCUUAGUGACCACUCCAUUGUGUUGACCUCAAUAAAUCUGUCUAUAAUAAAAGAAACAGUAACGUUAACUAAAAAAAUUGUUGAUCAUCAACGUUUGAGCACUCGUUUCAUUGAAGCUGUACAGACCAUGCCAGUUGAUUCAAACGCAAACGAUACGAUUGCGUUUUUAAUUGAUAAAUUCAAUGAGAUUCGGAAUAGCGUAACUAGAACGGUAUCAGUAGAGGCAAAAUUGAAGAAGCAUUGCCCGUGGAUGACACUAGAACUGUGGAAGCUCAUCAAAAUGAAGGAGAAUAUGCUGAAAAACAGUAAACGCCGGCCGCAAGAUACACAUUUGAAGGAAAUGGUGAAUCACGUCUCUAAAAUACUCAAAAAUAAAAAGAGUCAAUGCAAGCGAGUCUAUUACCAAAAGCUGCUACAAAACAGCUCAGUGAAGCAGUCAUGGAAGGUUAUCAACAAUGUUCUUGGGCGUAACAAUGGCAACACUAGAGUGUGUUUGGAGAACACACACAGCGAUUUGGAAAUUAGCAACGCAUUCAACGACUUCUUCUGUACUGUUGGACACGAUUUGGCAUCAUCCAUCAACAGUGAUCGUAACAUAUCGCAAUUCAACACCCUAACAAAUCACAACUCAUCGAUAUUCUUGCGACCUUCAACCCAACAAGAAAUUAUUUUGUUGAUACGUAACCUGGACCCCAACAAAGCUCCUGGACCCGACAAUAUAGAUGCUUAUUUUGUGAAAAAGCAUCAUCACUUAUUUGCUAGCAUUCUGAGCAACGUAUUCAACGACAUGAUAACGUCUGGGCAGUAUCCAGAAAGCCUUAAAACUGCAAGGGUUGUGCCACUUCAUAAGUCGGGGGAUCGAAGAAGCGUCAAUAACUACAGACCGAUUUCUACCUUAUCGGUACUCAAUAAAAUUCUGGAAAAGCUAUUAUCUACUCGGAUUAUGGAUUUCCUGGAGUCAUCAAAAUUGAUCUAUACACACCAAUAUGGAUUUCGCCGAGGAUGCAGUACGUUUACAGCAGCUAGUGAACUGGUUGAUCAAAUAUAUGGAGCCAUCGACAAUAAACGCAUUUCAGGAGUUCUCU